GAGAUCAGUUUACAGGAGCUGCCUUGUCCCAACACAAGGCUGGGCAGGCUUCUCCGCGACACGCAGCUUCUCUCCUGAAUGCUCCUCUAUCCCACAUCCUUCCAAAAUGCUCAAGGUGUUUGUGGAUUCAGCGGUUAACAUCCCCAAAACCAAGCUUGGGAAGCCGGACCCCGUUGUCACAGUGAUCUUCAAAGAUGAGAAAAAGAAAACCAAGACGAUCGACAGCGAGCUCAAUCCUGUCUGGAAAGAGCUGCUUGAAUUUGAUUUAAAGAGAAUUCCCCUGGAUUACUCUUCAUCCUUGGAGGUUAUUGUGAAGGAUUUUGAGACUAUUGGAAAAGACAAAUUUAUUGGUAAAGUAACCGUAUCACUUAAAGAAUUUGCCGGUGGCCAGAAUCGAUCCCUCCCGUUUAAAGGACUGGCCCUGAUGAGUGAGAAGGGGCAACCCAUUGGGGCGACCAUUGAUUUGAUGAUCUCGUACGAGUCCCCGGCGUCCGGCUCUAGUAAUCCCAAUGACCCUGGAGGUACUACCGUCCAGGGAGAUGGGGGUAACCUCGAAGACAAAGAAGAUGGGGAGGAUGAAGAUGCUGUUGACGUUGGAAUUAACCCAUACGCCCCAGGAACCCCUGGCCAAGCCGAAAAUCAGGUCGCUAGACGUCUUACGAAGGGAAAGAAGACAAGGAGGAUUCUGUCCAACAAACCUCAAGACUUUCAGAUUCGCGUUCGCGUUAUUGAGGGCCGCCAGCUUUCUGGGAACAACAUCAAGCCGGUUGUGAAAGUUACUUUAGCCGGCCAGACGCACCGGACGAGAAUUAGGAGGGGAAAUAAUCCGUACUUUGAUGAAAUGUUCUAUUACAACGUAAAUAUGACCCCUUUAGAGCUUCUUGAUGAGUCGUUGACCAUUCGGGCAUUCAAUUCUAAUUCAAUACGAGCAGACAGUCUGAUUGGAGAAUUUAAGCUCGAUAUAGGCUUUGUUUUUGACGAACCAGGUCAUGCAGUGAUGCGAAAAUGGGUUCUUCUCCACGAUCCAGAAGACUCGAAUUCUGGGGCAAAAGGUUACCUAAAAGUCAGCAUGUUUGUGGUUGGGACCGGAGAUGAACCUCCGGUUGAAAAGCGAGGGAGAGAAAUUGAUUCGGAUGACGUGGAAAGCAACCUCUUGCUGCCGGCUGGAGUGACGCUUCGAUGGGUGACGUUCUUGCUGAAGAUCUACCGAGCAGAAGAUAUUCCUCAAAUGGACGAUGCCUUCGCUCAGUCAGUCAAGGAGCUGUUUGGAGGAGACUCGGAUAAGAAAAACUUGGUCGAUCCAUUUGUUGAAGUGUCUUUUGCAGGAAAAAAGGUUUGUACUGAUACAAUAGAAAAGAACGCCAAUCCGGUGUGGAACCAAGCAGUCAACCUCCAAAUAAAGUUCCCUUCUGUCUGCGAGAACAUUAAGCUAACCGUUUACGACUGGGAUAGGCUUACUAAAAAUGACGCCAUUGGAACAACCACUUUGAGUCUGUCUAAGAUUGCUGCUUCGGGCGGAGAGAUGGAUGAAUCUGACUCUACGGGAGUUGGGUCUUCAGCAUUGGAAGGCAUUACUGACAAGCAAGAAGUCGGGUUUUUACCAACUUUCGGACCUUGUUACCUAAAUCUCUAUGGAAGUCCGAGAGAAUACACCGGUUUCCCGGACCCUUAUGACGACUUGAACUUUGGGAAGGGCGAAGGGGUCUCGUAUAGAGGAAGGAUCUUGGUUGAACUCAUUACUAAACUCGAUGGCACUCCUUCCAAGAAGAUUGAGCCUAUUCCAAGUGAUGACCUUCUUGUGGUCGAGAAAUAUCAGCGCAGGAGGAAGUUCAGCCUGUGUGCCGUCUUCCACGCGGCCACCAUGCUGCAAGACGUGGGGGAAGCCCUGCAGUUUGAAGUUAGUAUCGGAAACUAUGGAAAUAAAUUUGACAGCACUUGCAAGCCGCUCGCAUCGACGACACAGUACAGCCGUGCGGUGUUCGACGGAAACUACUAUUACUACCUCCCGUGGUCAUCCAAAAAACCCGUGGUAACACUAACGUCCAGCUGGGAGGACAUCAGUCAUCGGAUGGAUGUUGUCAACAUUCUACUGUCCAUAAAAGAUCGUCUGCAAAACAACAUAUCUGCCCUUAAAUCUGCAAUAGAGGCAAAGCUUCCUGAUACCCGAUUGGCUGACAUCUGGCUUAGGUUAAUUGAUCAGCUUAUUGAGGAUAUAGUGAAACCACUGCCUUCCAUGGAAGGGAAGGCUAAUGUAACCAUGCUGGACAUACAGCUGGAAAAGCUGAGGAAAAGCUCUCUGAGACUCAUCGGGGAGUCGGCGGUCAAAAUGCGGGGGGAGGCCACCGACGUGAAAGCAACUCUGCCAGAGAUCGAAGACUGGUGCGAAAGAAUACAGCAACUUUCCGAAGAGCCUCAAAACUGCAUGCCGGAUGUAAUCAUCUGGAUGAUUCGAGCAGAGAAGAGGUUGGCGUACGCUCGCGUCCCGGCCCACCAGGUUCUCUAUUCCACCACAAGCCCGGAAGCUUGCGGCAAAUACUGCGGAAAGACGCAGACCAUCUAUUUACAGUAUCCGCUUGAUAAAAAUAACGGCAUCAAGAUCCCAGCUCAGCUGAGGGUGAAUAUAUGGCUGGGAUUGUCUGCCGUCGAAGGCAAGUUUAACAGCUACGCCGAAGGAACUUUCAGCGUUUUUGCAGAAAUGUAUGAAAACCAAGCCCAGAUGUUUGGGAAGUGGGGCACCACGGGACUGCUCAAGAGACCCAAAUUUUCCGACGUCACGGGGUCAAUCAAACUGAAACAAGAAAGCUUCCUGCCUCCAAAGGGGUGGGAAUGGGAGGGCGACUGGGACGUGGACCCCGAACGGAGUUUAUUGACAGAAGCAGACGCUGGCCACAGCGAGUUUACAGAUGAAGUAUAUCAAAACGAAAGCCGAUAUCCCGGCGGCGAAUGGAAACAGGCAGACGAGCCGUACACCGAUGCCAACGGAGAGAAGAGUUCCUCGCCCGGUGAGAUCGAUUGCCCUUACGGAUGGCUUUGGGAGGACGACGCGUGGAUUUACGAUAUAAACCGAGCCGUGGAUGAAAAAGGCUGGGAAUACGGGAUCACAAUUCCCCCAGACAACAAACCCAAAUCCUGGGUGGCGUCUGAGAAGAUGUAUCAUACGCACAGGCGUCGGAGACUGGUUCGAAAGAGGAGGAAGGACCCCACCGUCUCCUCUUCCACCACCAAGGCGCUAUCCGUUCAGGACCGGGAAGGAUGGGAAUACGCUUCUCUCAUAGGCUGGAAGUUUCACGUGAAGGAACGCAGCUCCGAUACGUUCCGCCGGAGGCGAUGGAGAAGAAAAAUGGCCCCUUCGGAUAGGCUUGGGGCAGCCGCCAUCUUCAAGCUGGAGGGAGCUCUUGGAGCAGAUACAAGUGCAGAUGAUGAAGAAAAGAAAAGUUCAGAGAAGGGGAAAGAAUCGGCGACCGCUAUCUUUGGGGCGAAUACCCCCAUUGUCUCUUGUACCUUUGGAAAAGUCUAUAACUACCACCUGCGCUGCUACCUCUAUCAAGCCAGGGGUCUCAUCGCCUUGGAUAAAGACAGCUUUUCCGACCCCUAUGCUCAUGUUUCCUUCCUUCACCGAAGCAAGACCACAGAGAUCAUCCAUUCAACCCUUAACCCGACAUGGGACCAAACACUUAUAUUCAACGAAAUAGAAAUCUAUGGAGACCCGCAAACUAUUGCACAGAACCCUCCCAACGUGGUCAUCGAGAUAUUUGAUAACGACCAAGUGGGAAAAGACGAAUUUCUCGGCAGAAGUACAUGCGCGCCCAUGGUGAAACUGAACCCCGAGGUCGAUGUAACGCCGAAGCUUUUCUGGCAUCCGGUGAUGAACGCGAAUCAGCACUGCGGGGACGUUCUCGUUGCUGCUGAACUCAUUCUCCGUGAUAAGGAGGGAUCCAAUUUGCCGAUUCUUCCGUCCCAGAGAGCUCCAAAGCUUUACAUGGUGCCCCAGGGAAUCCGUCCGGUGGUUCAGCUCACUGCCAUUGAGAUCCUCACUUGGGGUUUACGUAACAUGAAAAGUUACCAAAUGGCGUCGGUGACUUCCCCCAAUCUUAUCGUGGAAUGCGGUGGAGAAAUUGUGCAGUCGGCGGUGAUCAAGAACCUUAAGAAGACUCCAAACUUCCAAAGUUCUAUCCUCUUCAUGAAAGUGCUUCUGCCAAAGGAAGAAAUGUAUGCGCCACCCAUAAUCAUCAAAGUCGUAGACAACCGGCCCUUUGGGAGGAAGCCGGUGGUCGGCCAGUGCACGAUCGACGCGCUCGAGGAAUUCCGCUGCGACCCGUACGCUACGAAGCAAGAUGAGGCACCAGAGAUGAGAGUGGCGCUGCUGGCCUCGGCACCUUCCCGCGAUGUAAUCAUUGAGGUUGAGGACACCAAACCGUUACUAGCAAAUCAGUUAUUAAGCAGUAUGUCAACAGCAGUCGGAAAAAUGACAUCACCAACCACCGUGCAUGUAUGUAUGUAUGAGGAAGAGAUUGUCGACUGGUGGAGCAAAUAUUACGCUUCAACAGGAGAGCAUGAGAAAUGUGGGCAGUACAUACAGAAGGGCUAUGACACGCUGAAGGUGUAUAACACCGAACUGGAGAGUGUUCCUGAAUUCCGUGGUCUUACAGAUUUCUGCGAUACGUUUAAACUGUACAGAGGGAAGUUUGAGGAGAACGAGGACCCGUCCGUUGUAGGAGAGUUUAAGGGCUCCUUCCGCAUCUACCCCCUUUCAGAUGAUCCCAAUAUUCCUGCACCUCCUCGACAGUUCAGAGAGUUGCCGGACAGCGGUCCACAAGAGUGUAUAGUGCGCAUAUACAUCAUUAAAGGAAUAGAUCUGCAACCAAAAGAUAACAAUGGGCUGUGUGAUCCUUAUGUCAAAAUUACACUGAGCAAGAAAGUGAUAGAAGAUCGGGAUAACUAUAUUCCCAAUACUCUGGAUCCCUGUUUUGGAAGAAUGUAUGAACUCAGCUGCUUUUUGCCUCAAGAAAAAGACCUGAAGAUUUCUGUUUAUGAUUACGACGCGCUGACACGGGAUGAGAAAGUAGGCGAAACCGUCAUAGAUCUGGAAAACCGCUUCCUGUCACGCUUUGGGAGUCAGUGCGGAAUCCCCCAAACCUACUGCGUUUCAGGAAUAAAUCAAUGGAGAGAUCAAUUGAAACCCACCCAGAUCUUACAGAAUGUCGCACGAUUAAAAGCGCUUCCUCCUCCUGUGUAUUCAGAAAAUGGAACAAAAGUCUGUUUUGCGGGACGUGAGCACACACUCAAUGAUUACGAAAGUAACAAACAAAUUCACCAGCACCUGGGACCUGAGAAUGAGCGUCUGGCCCUGCAUGUCCUGAAGACCCAAGGUCUUGUUCCUGAGCAUGUUGAAACCAGAACUUUGUAUAGCACUUUCCAGCCAAACAUUCCACAAGGUAAAUUACAGAUGUGGGUUGAUAUUUUCCCUAAAAAUUUAGGACCACCUGGACCACCCUUUAAUGUCACGCCACGGAAAGCUAAGCAGUAUGUCCUUCGAGUCAUUGUUUGGAACACCAAAGAUGUCCUCCUAGAUGAGAAGAGCAUUACGGGUGAAGAGAUGAGUGAUAUUUAUGUUAAAGGUUGGAUUCCUGGCAACGAAGAAAAUAAGCAGAAAACAGAUGUGCACUAUCGGUCACUGGACGGCGAAGGGAACUUUAAUUGGAGAUUUAUUUUCCCGUUUGAAUAUCUUCCAGCUGAACAACUGUGCAUUAUUUCUAAAAAGGAACAUUUUUGGAGCCUCGAUAAGACUGAAUUUAAAUUGCCACCCAAGCUGGUCCUUCAAAUAUGGGACAACGACAAAUUUUCACUGGAUGACUACCUGGGUUUUGUGGAGCUUGAUUUGCAUCGCACGAUAAUCCCGUCAAAAACUCCGGAAAAAUGCAGUUUAGACAUGGUCGACCAGGUCAAAACUGCCAAGGCGGCCUCUUUAUUCGAACAGAAGUCCAUGAGAGGCUGGUGGCCGUGCUACGCAGAAAAGGACGGCAAACGCAUUCUAGCUGGAAAAAUCGAGCUGACGUUGGAAGUGCUCAAUGAAAAAGAGGCAGAAGAAAGACCAGCUGGCAAAGGGCGAGAUGAACCUAACAUGAACCCGAAGUUGGACCCACCAAACCGACCAGAUACCUCCUUCCUUUGGUUCACAAAUCCGUGCAAGACAAUGAAAUUUAUUGUCUGGCGCCGAUUUAAAUGGGUCUUCAUUGGAAUCAUCAUCUUGCUUCUGGUUAUACUAUUCCUCGCAGUGUUCCUGUAUUCUCUUCCAGGCUAUGUUUCAAUGAAGAUCGUGAAACCAUAUCAAUAAGAGAAAACGGCAAAAAAAAAAGUUACAUUCCCAUCCUGAGCCAAGUUAUGUAGAUUUUGUUUUUUCCGCUCCCCUUUCAGUAGUGGUUCUGAACCGACAACUUGUCAGACGCUUAAAAUGAAUAGUAAGGAGAGAAAAAAAAAAACUUAAAACCAAGGUUAGUGAAGGUUCAUGGGGUCAAAACAAGAGUAAACUGUCACUUUUCCACAUUUCAAAGCACACCUCUGGCCGAGUCCACCAGAAAUGUACCAAUUUCUAUAUAUUCCGUAUAAAAAAUGUUUUUGGUAUUUUUUUUUUUUGACCUUCUAUAGCUGACCCAAGAAAGAGUUAAUCUUCUCACUUGAAACACGUUUUAUUAUAUGACUGCUUAAAAGUGCAAUAACUUGUACUAUGUAAUGUACAUGUAUAUGAUGAAAAAAAAAAUGCAAUAUUGUCUUGUUGUUUUUUCCAUGUAGAAAUUUUAUAAUUGUACCUAUCUAUAAAACACAGCAAAAUAAAUAUCACUGUUUUCCA